UGAUAGUUGUUAAGUUCAUUUUAUUUACUGAUUUCCAUUAUUCGUGAUAGUGUACAAUGUAUUGUGGGCUUAUGUAUACUGUCUUACGGGCCUGUUUUGUAUCUUUAGUCCUACCCAUCUCUCUUCUUCAAAUACUACGUAGUACGUAGUAUAAUAUAUUGAAUUACAUACUGGGUUUUCAUAUCGUUAACAUGGUAUCAGACAGUUGCCUUUAAUUGCACCCCUGACCGAUCAAUUUCUUCUCUCCCCAGUCCACCAUCAUGGUUGAAACCGAUCACUCUCUUCCCUAUGCCACCCUUAUUCUGUUAUUCACAUGAUCACUGUUAAGCGUUCUUCUACCAAUUAUCUUCUAUGGCGGCAUCAAGUUGAAACCCUUCUUCAAUUUGAGGAUCUUUGUGGGUACCUUGACAGUUCCAUACCACCCCUGCCCCAUGACUCUUCCGACGCCUCCUCUGCUCAAGAUGUGAAUGAUUGGAUUACGCAAGAUCGCUGUCUUCACAUUCUUCUCCUCUCCUCUCUUUCUGAAGAAGCUAUGUCUGAAACCUUGGUUGCAAAACUGCUGCGGAUGUUUGUACUGCCCUUGAAAAGGCAUAUGCUCUUCAGUCUAAAGUCCGUGAAACUCAAUUAAUGCAUGAACUUUAGACACUCUGUCGUGAUUCUCUUUCAGUUGACGAAUACCUAACUAUGGCAACAUGUCCUCUGAAUUAAUUUGGAUUCUUCGAUCACGUUCUUCGUGAAUUGAGUGUUCCACUCACCACAUCCCAUAUGUUGCGUAUGCGAUAAUAAAAGUUCUUUUUUCCGUCUCAGAAUCCUGUCGCUCACAAACGCGCCAAACAUAUUGAUAUAGAUUAUCAUUUUGUUGGGGAGUUAGUUUCUGCCGGCAAGCUAC